GGGGGAGUGGACAGGCGUGGGGCUGGCUGCUGCUGCUGCUGCUAUUGAGGUGGUGGUGGAGAAAUCAAGCAGGGAGGGCUGACCAAGUUUAAAAACGCCCCGCUCAUCCAAGCGGCCUCUCAGGCAGGCAGACAACCCCGGCUGGGCAGGGCUGUCACGCAGUAGGGCCCCAUAGGCGCUGCAUGUGUCUCGUGCAGCGCACGCGUGCUGGUGUAUCGGUGCGCGCGUGUGUAAGCCAACCUCUGUAAGAGGGAGGAGGAGGGGUACAUGCAAUAGGAAGCGCGAUAUACACCACCGUACGACAAUACCGAAGUGCUUGUCCACUGCGGUGUUGAGCGCACCGCCUUGCGCGCCCGUUGUGCGCGUUUGCUGGAGGCGUAGGAGCGAGAAGGCGCGUGUAGGAGGUGUUGGCUCCGUGUCGCCGUUCAAUUAUUCAUAAGGCUUCGCGUCUCUCUCAUCUUUUUUAAUUUCCACACUAAAAAAACAUCGAGGAGAGGGCACGUGGAGGAGCAGGAAUAACAGUACAGCUUGUCUUAGGCUCAACAAAUAGGGCAACAUCCCUGACACUUCUUAUCAUUAGCAAAUCACACGUAACAACAUCAGGCGCAGAGCAUUUAGACUCGUCUGCCGAAGAAUGAUUCGUUGAGAACCCGACAGGGGCCAAAGCCGGACAGCCCAGCCACGUUGCAGCAGCAGCAGCAGCUUGGGUCUCUCGCGGUCUUGUUCAUUGUUUAUGUCGGUUUAGACACAAUUUUGUGUUGUUGCUAUCGCUUUGUGUAGCUGAAUAAGGCAACAACGUUUGUGUUCCGAUGGCUGCGCGGCUCGCAUUCAUCAUCGUCGCCAUCGCCAGCACGUCGCUGAAGAUGCCAGGGCAAGCGGGCGGCAGCUUCUCCCGCUGGGAGCACGCUCGUGAGCGCUACAAGGUGCGGCAGCAUCGCGCCUCCGCCGACUGGACCUACGCAGGUACCACAGGCCCAGGUUACUGGCCAGAAUUGUACGAGGGCUGCAGAGGUGAGCGGCAGUCCCCCAUCGACAUUGCGAGCGAGGUGCAAGCGGAGGUCCUGUCUCCUGCCGACGGCCUGGAGUUCGAAGGCUGGGACGUCCCCUCGACAACCACCACCAUCAAACACGACGGCAAGACGGUGAUCGUGCACCUGUCGGGAGAUUACCACCUGCGGGGAGGCGGACUGCAGGGCCGCUACCGCAUGGCGUGGCUCACCUUCCACUGGGGCCACUCCAACGGCACGGAGGGCUCCGAGCACCGCCUCUCGGGACGCUCCUUCCCCCUCGAAGUGCAGAUUUACGGCUACAGCCAGGAACACCACAGCAGCUUCGCCGCCGCGAUGAAGGCGGGCGGGAACAUGGCAGCCCUGUCCAUCCUCUUCGAGAUCGCAAAAGACAACAACAGCGCUUACAUCCCCCUGCUCGAGGCCGUGAAGAGAGUUUGCCAGCCGGACCUUCACGACAAGGUGAGCGCGUUCCGUCCCGCGGAUCUGCUUCCCGAGUCCACGGACGAAUUCUUCCGCUACUCGGGCACGACGACCACACCGCCCUGCGCCCAGGGGGUGGAGUGGACCGUCUUCCCCCGGACGGUGCACAUCUCCGCCCACCAGCUGGAGGCGCUGUACGGCGUGCUCAUCAUGGUGCGCGCCGGCUACGCCAUGCUGCUCGAGUACCUGCAGGACAACUUCCGCCCGCCACAGCCGCUGCCGUCCGGCGCCGACCUCGUCCGCUACCGCGUGGGGCCUGCGACGCCUCCCACCACCGAGCCACCGCCCGCGCAAGUGUGCGCCAGCGAGCCGCGCAACGUCACGGCCCGCGGUCACAACGAGACGGCGGCCAUGGUGACGUGGGAGCGGCCCGCCGCCGUCUACGCUGCCACCAUCGAGCGCUACGCCGUCACGUGCCGCAAAGAGGGUGCCGGUGGUGACUCCCCCGUGGAGCGGAUCCUCACCGAGGGGGAGCAGGACACGGGCGCCAUCCUCGGCGAGCUGCAGUUGGGCUCCGUGUACUGGGUGGAGGUGCAGGCCGUGUGUGCGGGGACCCACGCUGGACCCCUGAGCCCGCCCGUGCGCCUGGAGAUGACAGACAUUCAAGAGAGCGGCGUGGAAGGGGUCGUGGAGCUGCUGACCUACAGCGAACGUGGCCACACCACGGAGAAGUUGUCGCAGAACACAGUGGGAGAGGUUAUAGAAACGUCUGCAGAGGAAGACCUAGAAACCGUGACGCCCGAAGUCCAUUUUGUUGUCAAAGCGACGUCCGUGAACCACAAGUUGAACCCCAUCCCUGGCGCCGCCGCCAUCGCCACCUCCUUGCCAUCGCCGACAUCUGCCGUUCAAACCGAACGCGCUGCCUCAUCCUUGCAAGGCCCAACAGAUGACAGCGCAGCCCCAGUAGCAUUCGCCACGACACCUUCUUCUCCUCCUGCGCACGGCGCGACCAACCCAGGUAACACGACCGCGGCGCUCGUAGGAUCCACGGCCCUCGGCGAGAAUUUGAAAGUCACUGUCGCGCAAGCAACGCCGUCGCCAGCCACCGUCGCCGCAGAGCCGGUGCCCGUUACCCACGACGCACCGCGGCAGACGAGUUUCAGCGACACGUCCGGCGAGACGUCCACCCUCGAGGCGCCCCACACGCACACGCCUCGUCGUCCGCCCGCGGUCGCCAAGGCGACUGGGGGAAACGAAGGCGUCCGCGGCGGCGCCAACGGGCCGCCUCCGAGCGUCCAGGCCGUGAGCACCGCCGGUCCGCAGCCAAACCACGACGCCGUUUCUCCACCGUCGCGCACGGCCGGCGUCUUGGGGGGCGGCCCCCUCGAUGCUCCCGCGCGAGCCCAGGGCGCGACGAGCUCGCCCACCGUUUGGCAGGAGGAUUUGUCGGCGGCGCACGAGCCCGGCCGGUGGCGUGGUGCGGGCGCAGGCGGGGACGAAAGCACUUUCGUCACGACGGCAUCUCGAGGGCUGACGGGCUCAGAGCCCAGGCGAGAGAAUCAAGUCUCCAAUCCGUCCGGGAAUGAUCCACCAGAUGCAACACCUUCACAAACGCCCUCAGGAAAACCGGCUGUCGCAAACAACAUCGAUUCAACUUUUGGGAGCGCUCACAGCAAAAUGAUUGGUGUGACAACAGAGCCGUCCGCGAACGUCACGCCGUUACCCUCGCGAGCGGCGGCCGUCGCGAAAGCUGCGUCCGGAGAUGAAGGAGCGCAGUCGUCGACGCAAGAGAUGGAAAGUUCUGACACAACUACCUCCGCUUCUUCCUCCGCUGGUUAUGAUGUCAACAAGCUCAGCAAUGCUGCCGGGUCAGCGCCGGAGCUAGCCGAAGAGAACUUUUUGCCGAGCGAAUCCAGCGCUGUCGAAGUCACGGCAGCCAAAGACGAAACCACGGCGGUGGCGCACGGCAGCAGCGGGCGAGGUGGCGACGCGACCGAGGAUGACGCCGGCGAAGGCGAUGGCGGUGACGGAGCAACAAAGACGACGGAGUCCAUGGGCGGGAAAUCGAGCCGAGCCGACGCCGUGGCCCCGGAUCCGGAGUCGUACGCCUCUGGGGAGGAGCGGGAUGGCGAGACCGGCGCCGGCACGCUGCCCCCCGCGCCCUUAUCCCCCACGGGAGGAGAUCCCUCGGCGAAGGGAAUCGCUCGGGAGGAGGCCGGAAAGGCCGUCUUGGGUGACAAUCGUCAGUGGACCGACACGCCGGGGAAAGGGGAAGAGAUUGUGCGGCAAUCGGAGAGCGUGCUGGAGUCACUCCCUGCGAUUCACACCGAGGUCAUUGAGAGCGUGACCUCUAAGGAGCUCGACACAGGGAACGUCAGCCGCCAGCUCGGAGUGGACGUGGGGGGCAACGUCUUCGUGCCGCUGCUCGUCGUAUCGUCGCUCACCUUCCUCUGCCUCGUGCUGCUCAUCUCCGUGCUCAUCUACUGGAGAAAAUGCUUUCAAACGGCGCACUUUUACGUAGAGGACAACGACUCUCCCCGGGUGAUCCCUGCCAUCCCGCUCGCCGCGAUGCCAGCAGAGGAGAUGGAGGGCAUUCCCGUGAAGCAGUUUCCCCGACACGUCGCCCGUCUCUACGCCGAUGGCCAGCGCGGCUUCGCGCAGGAGUUCGAGGAGAUACAGAGGAGCACUAUGGGGAAUGGCGUGACGGCCGAUCAGACCAACCACCCGGAGAACAAGAGCAAGAACCGCUACAUCAACAUUGUGGCGUACGACCACUCGAGGGUGAGGCUGAGAGUGCUUUCUGGAAAAGACUCCAAGCAUAGCGAUUACAUCAACGCCAACUACAUCGAAGGUUACAACAAACCUCGAGCCUACAUAGCCACCCAGGGGCCCCUCAAGGGCACGUUCGAGGACUUCUGGAGAAUGGUGUGGGAGCAGAACGUGCGCGUGGUGGUGAUGAUCACCAACCUCGUGGAGAAAGGACGGGUAACUGGAAACGAACACAAUGUUUACCACAUGAAGGGUUCCUACGUCGAUUUGCAGGACAGUCUGCGGAAGUGCGACCAGUACUGGCCGUCGGACGGCAGCAGCGAGGAGUACGGCGGCGUCCUUGUCUCGCUCAAGAGCUCCAAGACGCUCGCCUUCUACACCGUGCGGCGCUUCGCGCUGCGCAACACCAAGCAGCGGCGGAGCGGGCAGCGUGGCGGUGGCGAGCGCGUGCUGCUGCAGUACCACUACACGCAGUGGCCUGACAUGGGCACCCCCGAGUACGCCUUGCCCCUGCUCACCUUCGUCAAGAAGUCGUCGGCCGCCCGGCUGCCCGACUCAGGCCCCGUGCUCGUGCACUGCAGUGCGGGCGUGGGGCGCACGGGGACCUACAUCGUGCUCGACUCGAUGCUGCAGCAGAUCCGCGACAAGGGCUCCGUGAGCGUCAUGGCCUUCCUGAAGCACAUCCGCAACCAGCGCAACUACCUGGUGCAGACCGAGGAGCAGUACGUGUUCAUCCACGAGGCCCUACUGGAGGCCAUCCAGGGCCGCGAGACGGAGGUGGCCUCCUCGAGCCUGCACGCCUACGUCAACGGAAUCCUCACGCCGGGGCCCUCAGGACUCACCCGCGUCGAGAAGCACUUCAAGCUAAUCCUGCAGAGCGGCUUGCAUUCAGACUUCACGAGCGCCCAGAAGCCAUGCAACCAAAACAAAAACCGCUCCACGGCCGUCCUGCCGGUGGAGUCGUCGCGAGUGGAGCUCGCCUCCCUGGGAGACGUCGAGGGUUCGGACUACAUCAACGCCUCCUACAUCAUGGGCUAUAGCAGCAGCACGGAGUACAUCAUGACUCAACAUCCGCUGCCAAACACCAUCAAGGACUUCUGGAGAAUGAUCUGGGACUACAACGUACAGCUCAUCAUCAUGCUCCCGGGACCUAACCAGGACAAGGACGGGGAGGAGUUUGCCUACUGGCCCCGGCGCGACCAAGCGAUGCACUGCGAAGGCUUCGGCGUGUCGCUCAUCAGCGAGGACCGGCUGUGUCUCUCCAGCGAGGAGCAAGUGGUUAUCCGGGAACUCAUCCUCGAGGCAACGCAGGAUGACUACGUGCUCGAGGUGAAGCACUUCCAGUGCCCGCGGUGGCCCAACCCGGACGGCCCCAUCAGCAGCGUCUUCGAGCUCGUCAACAUCGUGGCGAAGGAGGCGCUGACGCGCGACGGCCCCACCGUCGUGCACGACCUGCUGGGCAGCUCAGUGGCCGGCACGUUCUGCGCCCUCGCCGCACUCUCGCGGCAGCUGGAGGAGGAGAACUCCGUGGACGUGUUCCAGGCAGCGCGCAUGAUCAACCUCAUGCGGCCCGGCGUCUUCUCCGACGUCGAGCAGUACCAGUACCUGUACAAGGCGCUGCUGAGCCUGGUGAGCGCUCGCGAGAACAGCGGCAACGGCGUGAAGCCGGACGGCCGCAACGGCGCGUCGGCCCUGCUGGAGGACGUCACGCCGGAGGAGAGCCUCGAGUCGCUCGUGUGACGACGACGCCCCCCGCGGGCUCCGUCCCACCAACCCCCCCCCCCCCACCCGCCCCCCCCCGUCGUAUCCUUCGGCACCGGCGCACGUGCGCUCAGCCGCGACGGUUUGGAGCACGGCGCGCCCGCACCACGCCGGUGCGUGGAUGCGACCGCGACUCGUUAAUCUCUCUCUCUCUCUCUCUCCGUUUGAAGUAGCCGGAAGACUAGAAUAAGCGCGAGAGCAGUAGUCUCGGCCGUAGCGCGAGGUAUACUAGAUGCGGUGUGCCGGGUACAGACGCGUCACGCAGACCCGGCUGAAAUGCAGCCCCCGGGCGUGUGACCCGGUGAGGUCAGUUGGACGCAUUGGGUGCGGCACCUGCGCAGCGUGGGAGUGGGCAGGCGGCCGAGGUUGACGUUCGAGCGGCCGGGCGUCGACUGGCAACAGUUGCGUGGUCUGGCAGAAGAAGCGAUGGGCGGCGCGGCCGUGUCG